AUGGGCUCUCACCUUCGUACCGUGGACGUGCGCCAUGCAACAGUACCAACCGCUCUGCUGGGGCACAUCGGCCAGCUGCACGGCCUCGAGAAAUUAAUCCUCGUCAACGCCUCACUCACCCUGCCCGCUCCACUCGUGGGCUUGUUGGCGGGCUGGCCGCGCCUUCAACACCUCGAUUUGGGUGAAAAUGUUCUGUCAGCUGAGCAGCUGCCUGCUCUUUUGUCAACGCUGCACCACACCGCUCCCGCGUUGCAAACCCUUGGCCUAGCUGGUGCACCGGUAUCGGACGAGCUGCUAGCGAGGCUGCCUACCCACCUUCCCAAGGUGGCGCGCCUGGACCUAUCUCGAACGCGCGUUACGGGAGACGGUCUGGCUACCUUGCUGGCAUCGGACAUGAGCGCGCCGGUAGCUGCGCUGCGGCUACAGGGGCUCGAUUUGAGUGAAGCCAGUGAGUCGGAGCUCAGGACAAUCAUCACCCGGGCCACAGAUCUGGAUCUGAGCGGUGCACGUCUUGGUUGGGUAUCUGCCAGCUCAGAAAAGGAGCGCGCAUCUGGAAAUGCGCCCAAGCGCUUGGUUGCUCGCCGUUUGCAGCAGGGAUUGACUGAGCUGGUGAAUACUGUGCAAAGCUCGGGGCUCGUUGAGCUGGACCUCAGCGAGAACUCAAUGCCAACCGUGUUUGACGCAGUGCUUGACCUCCUGAGCCGCUCAACGCGGCUUCAAGUUCUUGGCUUGGAUCACACCGAGCUGACUGAUGCCGAAGGCGAGCAGCUGAUGACUGCAUGUCUGCAGCUAACCGGCCUGCGGGAGCUGCGAUUGCAGGGGAACCAGCUUUCGGACGCUGUGGCUGAUGAGCUGGCCUCGCUCCUCAGCACACACAACAGGCUGCGGCUGUUGGACUUGACCAACAACAGCCUGUCUGAUUCUGGGACGGAAGACCUUGCUUCGGCUUUGGCUGACAACCAAGCACUGCAAGAGCUGCACCUGCGGGGAAACGCCAUCGAAGAUGACGGCGUCGAUGCCCUUGCACGCGCUCUCACAACCAACACGCAGCUUCGCAAACUGGCGCUGGAUAGCCAUUCGGAAAGGCAUUCGACGGAUCCGAUCCCAUCCGCUACAAGCGAAGGCACUGCAUUCUCCGACCCCAUGGUGAGCAACGAUGCAGCAUCAAAGACUUUGGGCAAGCCUGACCGCGCGGCAGCGCCACCCCCGCUGAUUCCUCUAACCACCGAGUUGGCCGGACAACGUGAGGCCGAGCGUUAUGCCCAGCCGGAUGAGCAAAAGGCCGCCACUGACGUGGUCCAGGCUGACGCACUGGCCGAGUCGGAGCUGCGGGCUUUACCCGCGGCUUGGGUGGAGAUACAAGCCGCGACGGCAGCCAAUAAGCUCGCACCCGAGUGCCCUGUCGGUGCCUUAGUGCAGGACUCAGAGUGUGUCACCGAAUGUGGGCCGGGCUAUCUUCAUCAAGCUGAGGCGCGCCGCUGCGUACGCUGCAGUAGCCCAUGUGCCGCGUGUUCCGGGCGCGUGAACAAUUGCACGGCGUGUGCAGCACCCCUUGUUUUAAGUGGCCACCGAUGCGUGGCGGCCUGCGGUCCAGGCAUGGUAGAGGAGCCCAUCAAUGGAACAUGCUAUCCCUGCCACGACGAGUGCAGCGAUGCAGGCUGCUUUGGGCCAGGUCCGCGCGAAUGCUACGCCUGUCAGCACUUCAGCAACGAGGGCAUGUGCAUGGUUCACUGCCCCAAGGGCAAGAGCCCAGAUGGGGCCUAUCGGUGCUAUGAUGUCUCUGCCAGCCCGAUGCGGCGGUGGCUGGAGGGGCUGCACCUGAAAAAGUAUGCCGACCUCUUCCACCGGGACAGGAUCACUUUUGAGCUGCUGUAUGACUUUGAUGAUGCGGACCUCAAGGAAUUGGGCGUGCGCUUCUCUCCGGAACGAGCCAAGGUGCGACGUGCGGUCAAGCAGCACGUGGAGCAGCUGGAUGCCCGUUUUGCACAGUGGGCCCAACGUUUGCACCUGCGUCUGCCAGCGCAGAGCGUGGCGCAUCGGGCCUGGACAUUGGGCCAACGUUGGUGGGCCUGGGCAACUGGCGAGGUUUGUGCUGUGCUUGACUAUCACGACGUGCAGCGGGACUUUAUGGCGCAGCCCGCAGCGCGAGCAGUCAUUCGGACAGCCCGCAGCGCGCCGGCUGGUGAGGGCCACGAGCACAAGGCACGCUGCCGCCGCGCCUGGAACGCUUUUCAAGAGCUCAUAGAUUUAUACAACCCCAUGACUUACGCGGCGCGGCACCCAGGCUGCCCUCCCGCAGCGGUUCGCUACUCCACACUGAACCUGAUUCAUCGUGGACAGGAGUUGCUCUCUACCUGUGGGCCGCGCCCAGGGCGGGCUGAGGCUACUGCGGCCCUGAGUACAGACACACGCCUUCAAACUCGGGUGGAGCUCUGA